GCUCUACAUAUUGCCGGAAGUCAACGUGUUCAAUGGCGACCUCCGUCAACAUGCUGCUUCUCAGCAUUGUAUGUUUGGUGUUAUGCACCCUUUGUAGGGCUGCUGAUGAUGAUAAAUGUUAUUCAUACGCCGGUGGAAGUGUUUUCCCACAGGAAACAAGGCGUACUUCUGGUCAUGCGAUCCAGUGGAGUCAAGCAGUCAUUUCCAAGCCAGCUCCAGACUUUAAUGGCACAGCAGUCAUCAAAGGUGAAUUCAAGGACAUCAAACUUUCUGACUACAAAGGGAAAUACUUAGUUUUCUUCUUCUACCCACUUGACUUUACUUUUGUGUGUCCCACUGAGAUCAUUGCAUUCAGCGACAGGAUUGGAGAAUUUAAGAAGAUUAAUACAGAGGUCAUUGCCUGUUCUGUUGACUCUCAAUUCACGCACCUGGCCUGGAUCAAUACUCCAAGAGCUAAGGGAGGUCUGGGACCAUUAAACAUAGCGCUCCUCUCAGACAUCACCCAUGAGAUCUCCAAGGCCUAUGGGGUGUAUCUACAGGAUUUGGGACACAGUCUCAGAGGACUAUUUAUCAUUGACCCCAAGGGAAUCUUACGUCAGAUCACCAUGAAUGACCUUCCUGUGGGGCGGUCAGUGGAUGAGACGCUGCGAUUGGUCCAGGCAUUCCAGUACACGGACACUCAUGGAGAAGUAUGUCCUGCAGGCUGGAAACCAGGAAGUGACACGAUUAUUCCUAAUCCAAAAGAAUCUCAGAAGUAUUUUAGCAAGCAGAACAACAACUAACAACAUUACAAGCUCAUUAAUGACACUGAUGAUUACAAGCUUGGUAAUGACACUGCUGAAGAGGGGAACAAUGUAUUUUUUCUCUUAUUAGGAUUUUAUUUUUGAAGUUAGAGGGCACAAAGGUUUCAAUCACAAAAUGUAUAUAUUUUUCUAAAAUAAUUAAAAAUGAAUCAAAAUAGAACUGACCACCAUUCCCCCUCUUGUUGCUGUACACUUUCCGUACGUGAGAAAUUAAAUGCGAAGUGUAAAAUUUGUUCUUUCUCUAGAUGUUUGUAAUUCAUUUGAAUUUUGAUGUAUUCCUUUAUAAAGAAUCAUUCCUUUCUAGUCAGAUAUGUGCACCCUUAAAUAAUUGUACUGCCCUCCACUAGUCUAAGGGAAAGAUUCACUGUUUUCCUUGUACUUGCAUAUUUAUUUAGGUAUGGGUAGAAAUAGAAAAUGUAUAUGGAAAACAAAUAUUUAGUGUUUACUUUUGACAGUAUGAUAUGCCUUCAGUGUUCACAUUGUUUUCAAGGCAUUUUGGCUUGGCUUGACAUUCAGUGCUGAUCUUACCUUUUCUUUUUUUCUUUCUUUUUUUUUCUUAUUAAAACAAUGUAUAUUUCCUGUGAAGUUUUAGAGAUUGAAAUAUCUUGAUGUUCUAUGGUUUUGGAGAAUAAUUUAUGUUUACAUUUAAUGUUGUCUCACUUGGGAUAUUGAGGUUACAUUGUUGUUUUUUUUCCGUCUCUCAAAAUUUGGCGUUUCAAUGGAAAAUAAAAGCAAAAAUUUUUUAAAAGAAAAAUUCAGUUCUACAAAUGUUGUUUGUGAGUGAUGUGAAAAAAAGUGUUUGUUCCUGCCUGAAUUGAAAGAAAAAAAUGUUUUACAUGGGUACAAGAGAUGUAAAAUGAAUCAAUAGAGAACUUUUACUUUCUCAAUUUGUAUGGAAAUGUACUCAAAGUACAAAUUAUUUCCCCUGUUUUUGCUUCUGAUGAAAUCCAUUUAAAUAUCAUUCAAUCAUGUGUUUUGUUCAGAAAUUUAUGUGAUGUUAAUGUUGUGAGUACUUUUUUUUCCUUGAACACAUAAUUCUGUAACAAUCUAAUCAUCAACACUUGUUCGUUAAUAAACAUGUACAUUGUACAUGUAAUUGUUAAAUGGACACAUGAGCCCUGUAUAUUGUAGUGAUAUGUUUCAGCUUUGGUGAUGGGAGGUAAAUGUAGUUGGACAUAUGUAACUAUAAAUUGCCUGUAUUCACUUCUCUGUGCUAGGUGUACUUGGUGAUUUUUGGUUGUAAAAGUUUGUGACCAUUUUAUAGCAGCUUUGUUUAAUAGUUAUUUAAAUGUUUGCAGUAAUGAAAAUUGUUAAUGUCUUACGAAAUAUCAAUUUUGAUUUUUUUCCCCCCUGAUCUUAAAUCUUGAAGGAAUCAGUAUGGCACAAAAAUUAAUUUUGGUCGGAAAACUUGAAAAUCAUUCUUUAUAUUUGCAUACAGUGUGUUAAUGUGGAAUUGUUAAAUUCAAAUCCUAUUCUCUAUGCUCCAUGUUAAUUUUUUAACUUUUAUCCAACUUUCCUUUAUACAGCUAGUAACUUUUUCUAAGUUUUUUAAUAGGUGAUUUAGGCUAUACACAGUGCUCAAUUCUGAAAAUUCACAAGGUGUUCAGAUUGUACGAAUAUUGAUAAGUUAGAGCUUACAUACGUGUACCUUUAAACUAGAAGAUAUUUGAUAUAUUUCUUGUUAUUUGUAAAAAUAUCUGGAUUGUGUCAGUUUUGUUAUGAAUUAUCUUGAUAUUUGAAAUAAAGAACUUUAAAAGAA